AUGGUGGCUGUCGAUGGUGGGUGCGGGUGGUGGCUAGCGAUGGUGGGUGUGGCGAUCGGUGAUGGGUGUGGGUGGUGGCUGUCAAUGAUGGGUGUGGUUGUCGGUGUGGGUGUGGCUGGUGGCUAUGGGUGGUGGGGAGGUCGAAUUCGAGCCGCAAAGGGGGGCUUACAACAAGGAGCUGAUGAUGCAACUCAAAGGAAGGACCAGUUGGCGCUAUCACAAAUUCAUCAAGGUGUAGAUUAUUUAAUUUUUGGCAAAAUAGCAAAUGCCAAAACAGCCAAAGAAGCAUGGGACAUUUUAAAGCUAUCAUACAAAGGAGUAGAGAAAGCUCAGAAAUCUAAACUACAAUCCAUGUGUCGAGAAUAUGAAAGAUAUGAAAUGUACAGUUCAGAAAUAGUGGAACAAUAUUUUUCACGGACAGCAGUUGCAGAAUUGCAAGGUAGCAUUGAAAGCCAUGUGAGCAGAAUCUUGGAGAAAACUGAAAAAACAAAUGAAGAAGCAUUGAAAAGCCAGGUGAAUUUUACCAACAUAGCAGAACCCAGCCGUAGUGAAGACAGUAGAGGUCGUGAAGGAGGAAAUAUAAAUUUCAGAGGUAGAGGUCGUGGUAGUUUCAGAGGAAGAGGUCGUUGUAAUUUUAAUCAACAAUGGAGAGAUAACAAUUUCAGGCCACCAAAUCAAGGAAGAGGUGGACACAAUAUCAUAUCUACCAACCGUGGAAGAGGAAGAGGCAACUUCAUCAGCCAGGAGAGGACAAAUUUCAAUUGUUAUCACUGUGGAAAGUUCAGGCACAGAGCUGCAGAUUGUAGAUUCAAACAACAAGCAAAUAUAGCAAAAAAUCAAUAUGAGUAUACUGGUGAGGGUUCUGAUAAUCCACACACCUUACUUCUAGUAGCAAAUAAUUUUUCAGGCGAUGGAGAUAUUUGGUACCUAGAUACUGGCUACAGCAACCACAUGUGUGGGAAAAAGGAGUUAUUUUUCUCACUAGAUGAAACGGUAAAAUCUACUGUGAAAUUCGGAAAUAACUCUAACAUUCCGAUUUUGGGAAAAGGUCGAGUUGCAAUUAGAUUGAAGGACAGUUCUCAAAAUUUCAUCUCUGAAGUUUUCUAUGCUCCUGGUCUUCAUCAUAACCUGUUGAGCAUGGGACAAUUAUCAGAGAAAGGCUACAACAUGCAGAUUCAUGAUGGCUACUGUAUGUUGAUUGACAAAAAUAGGAGAUUCAUUGCCAAGUUUUGA